GGCGGUCCAAUGGGCUUUCUCCUUUACUGACAGCUGGCCAAUCACAGCGUCCGCGUCGGGCUGAAAAUAUUCAACAUGGAGACAACAGUUGAAAAGCUCGAGGCAAUGUUCCUGAAAUCCGAGGCGGACCUGGAAUACAUCGAGAGGCGGCUGAAGCUGGACUUCAUCAAAAGCGCAGCAGAGACGGGAUGUCCCGCCGAGGAGAACCCGGCGGUGAUGCUGGAGAACCUGAGGGCCAUCAAGGCCAAGCACGCGGCGCUGUGCUCACAGGUGAAGGAGAUCGCGGCGGCGCAGAAGGAAUCCAUGGACUCCAUUCGGAACAACCUCGGCGGCGCUAUGGAGCUCGUGCAGCGCUUCCAGCAGAACACUGACGUGGAGGUUCAGCCACUGACGGCGUCAGAGCGGCAGUCAGCAGAGCUCCUGGUUUUAGCUGUCAGUGAGACCACAACAGAGGUUCCUCCUCCUGGAGCAGCUUCAGGACACCAGCAGCCACUGAGCUGCGGGUACGAGGUCAGCGACGCCAUGCUGGAGGCAGUUCCUCUCGGCGUGCGCUCCAGCAUCAAGCUGGCUGACCUCAACGAGCUCUACCAGCAGCUGCAGCAGCACUUUGGCAAAGACGGUGGCUCCCUCAGCGUGCAGAAGAUGAAGCAGUUGAAGAUGAGGGUGAGCGAUGCCAAGCUGAAGGUCCUGCAGCACCUCUCGUUGGUGGAGUUGGACAAGGAGGGCCUCGUUCGUCUCGCCGUGUGACGGGGAAUCCACAAUCAGAGUGACUCCACCGUCCCACCUGGAGUGUGGAGGGGGAGCUCACCAAAAAGGAUUGUUUUAUUGAGUGACGUGGUCUCUCUCUUACAGCUCACACAAAUAACUCUCAAAUCUAAGUCAUAUAAUUUGAGUUGUGAUAAAUGCAUGGACAUCUA